GUCAAGUUUUGGCAAGAACAUCGUGCGAAAAAAGUAAGACAAAUCCCCCUUACCCUCUGCACAAAUUCAUUAGCUACUUGCGAAAUUUUAAUGAAUUUUUAAUCGCCAGUUAGGGUGACCUGAUCGUAAUAUUCUAGCGGAUGACAUCCUAGAUUGAUAGAUAUAAUUUGGUACCACCGUUCUAUGGUUAUUAGCGAGAGGUCGUUAUUCUAGAUGACAUCCGUUGCGCCCCCAGCGGUUUCUAUGCACAGUUCAGUAUAAUUCUAUUUUUUUUGACCUUGCUAAUCAAAAUCAUGCAGCAGCAUCAUGAGAGUUUUAAUUAUGAAUCAGUUCGCUCUAUAAGUACUUACGUAGUUGUUAUUAACAAGUACUUUUGCAGUGAAGGUAAGAUUGAAGGGAGCGGGACCUAUUAGAGACACACUUUACCUCCGCGAAUCAUCCACCUUGCGACCUGGAUCUGCCUCAAAAUGUGCUUUUCAAGGUGCUUGUCAAGUUCGAGUAAGGGAAGGGCUAGCACUUCUACGAGGCAUUCAUCAUACUACAACGGGGGCAUCCAGGUGUAGGAGCAGCGAGGGGCACAGCGGGACUUCGACUUGUUAUGAUUGUUUUUUAAGCAAACAUUUUUUGAUUCGUCGAAGUUCAUCGCUUUGCAAUCUCAACCUCUGCUUGACGCUUUGCCUUGCCUGAUAUUGUCGAUACGUGUCAAUAUUUUCGCCCCUGUGAUGUUUCACUUUUUGUUGGUGUGAGCUUUAGCUAGAUAAUUAUUUUAAAACUCUGCAUCGAUAAAGAUGAGCCCCACAGUUUUUUGUGCUAGCAAUUUAGUCGAGACUUUGAUUCCAAGAAGGCAAAUUGCUUUGAUGGUGAUUCGUUGAUCCAAAAAGGAGAAUACAAAAGGGAUAUCUACAACAUCAUAAAUGACAGAGCAAUUUUUAAGAACGGGUGAAGAAGGUGAAGAUUCUCAUAGUCUUCGCUGUGAACUUCAACAUUUUGUGUGAUAUUGGGUUAUUCUCCUGUAAGUAGAAUAGGGUAAGGUCUAGGUUUCGAACAAUUGUAUGAUACAACUAGAUCUAGAUGUUCAUGUUAUGUUUACACGCCACUAGCGUGUCCUCGGGAUGCAACGUCCCUUGCAUACUCGCAUUAGAUAGUAGACUUUAGUGCACUCAUGUUUGUCAUCGUUCCAAUGAUUUUCCUUCUCCUUUCCAACAGCAUAAGCAUGACCGAUUCCAUACUCCCACCACCCCUGAUACACCCAUGCUGCCUUUAAAUGUUGUUUCGCACAUAAUUAUGAGUUGCAUUUUGCCAUGGAGUUGUCUGUCUACAACAUCUUCUUACAUCAGGGAUUCUUUCAAUGGGAUCUGCUCACAUCAACGUCUAAACCAGUGGUUUGCGCUUGGCUCUACUUCGAUGAAGUGAGAAAAAGUGUGGUACU